AUGACGGGAGUUUCUAUAGUUAACUAUGGUGAAAUCACAUGCUCCACGUUAUCUCCUUCCCUUUCAUUGGGAACAUCAUCUUCCGGUGGAAUCGCUGCAUCUGAUGCAGCCUCUGAGAGGAUCAAAGCUGGCUUCAUUCAUUUCAAGAAAGAGAAAUAUGACAAGAACCCUGCUUUGUAUGGUGAACUUGCCAAAGGACAAGCCCCCAAGUUCAUAGUGUUUGCUUGCUCUGAUUCAAGAGUGUGCCCAUCUCAUGUGUUAGAUUUCCAGCCCGGUGAGGCCUUUGUGGUUAGAAAUGUUGCCAACAUUGUCCCACCAUAUGACCAGACAAAAUACGCUGGAGCUGGUUUUGCUAUUGAGUAUACAGUUCUGCAUCACUAUUCUCUUCCACCCUAA